GCCCGGGCCGAGGCUCCGGCCGCCGGCGGAGAGCAGCCUGCAGCUGGCGGGGGCGGGCGCGCGCCGGGGCUCGGUGCAGGCCCAGCCCCGGGAGGGGCCCAGCUGACUCCGCCCCCGGCCAGGAAGUGACUCAAAAAACUGUUCGUGAUGUGGGGAAGAGAGGUCCCCGUUGGGUGAGGAAUCGGGAAGGCCCGCCCAGAUUCGGGCCCCCCGCCUUUCUUCCCUGGGCCGGGGGCGCGGGCGAAGCUGGGGCCGGCGGGCACCGAGCGGCGCCGGCGGGACUGAGGCCGCAGCGGGCGGCGAGGCGGGGCUGGGCGGCCAAGGAGCCAUGCCUACCUGGGGGGCUGGCUCCCCGUCCCCUGACCGUUUUGCGGUGUCUGCGGAGGCUGAGGACAAGGUGCGGGAACAGCAACCCUAUGUGGAGCGCAUCUUCAGGGUGGGGAUGAGCGUCCUCCCGAAGGACUGUCCUGAGAACCCUCACAUCUGGCUGCAGCUGGAGGGCCCCAAGGAGAACGCCAGCAGAGCCAAGGAGUACCUGAAGGGUCUCUGCAGCCCAGAGCUACAGAAUGAAAUUCAUUACCCACCCAAACUGCACUGCAUCUUUCUGGGAGCCCAGGGCUUCUUCCUUGAUUGCCUGACUUGGAGCACAUCAGCCCACCUGGUGCCGGGGGCGCCCGGCUCGCUGAUGGUCAGCGGCCUGACCGAGGCCUUUGUCAUGGUCCAGAGCCGAGUGGAGGAGCUGGUGGAGCGGCUGAGCUGGGACUUUCGGCUGGGGCCAUCCCCUGGAGCCUCCCAGUGUGCUGGAGUGCUGAGAGAAUUCUCUUCUCUGCUGCAGUCCCGGGGGGAUGCCCACACAGAGGCCCUGCUGCAGCUGCCCCUUGCUGUCCAGGAAGAACUGCUGAGCCUGGUGCAAGAGGCGUCCAGGGGGCAGGGGCCCCAAGCAUUCCCGUCCUGGGAGUGGGGGAGCCCAGGUCUGCUGGGUGCUCAGCACCAGGGAGUCAGGAGUCCCCUGAGUGACAGCAGGGAGUCUCUGGACACAGGACCUGCAGGGUGGCAGGAGUCACGGGGAGAGAGAUGUGCUAUGGAGAAGGAGGGGACAAAGCACGGUGGUCCCAGGGAGAUGGAUUUGGGGUGGAAGGAGUGGCCCGGGGAAGAGGCCUCGGAGAGACAAGUGGCCUUCAGGCCACAGUCAGGAGGAGGAGAGGCAGGGCAGGCAGUGCCUCUGAAAGGGAAGGCCCUGGGGAAGGAGGGGGUGCCUCAGGAAAGAGGAAGGUUCUGGGUCCAGGGCGCCCCUCCUGGCACCCAAGGCCCCUGUCAGAAGGCAGCCCAGCCCCGGGGAGCCUCCCUCCUGCAGCGGCUCCAUAAUGGGGAAGCCUCACCUCCAAGAGUGCCCAGCCCCCCACCGGCGCCUGAACCCCCUUGGCACUGCGGAGAUCGAGGGGACAGAGGAGACAGGGCAGACAAGCAGCAGGUCGUGGCUCGAGGUCGGGGGUCUCCGUGGAAACGAGGCACCCGGGGGGGUAAUUUGGUGACUGGCACACAGCGUUUCCAGGAGGCCCUCCAGGACCCUUUCACCCUGUGCCUUGCCAAUGUGCCAGGCAAGCCAGACCUUCGCCAUAUUGUCAUCGAUGGCAGCAACGUGGCCAUGGUGCAUGGCCUCCAGCACUACUUCUCCAGCCGGGGCAUUGCCAUUGCUGUGCAGUACUUCUGGGACCGUGGCCACCGCGACAUAACUGUCUUUGUGCCUCAGUGGCGUUUCAGUAGGGACUCCAAGGUCAGAGAGAGUCACUUCCUGCACAAGCUGUAUUCCCUCAGCCUGCUCUCCCUCACUCCCUCCCGGGUCUUGGAUGGCAAGAGGAUCUCUUCCUAUGACGACAGGUUCAUGGUGAAGCUGGCUGAAGAGACCGAUGGGAUCAUUGUCUCCAAUGACCAGUUCCGGGAUCUGGCAGAGGAGUCUGAGAAGUGGAUGGCAAUCAUUAGAGAGCGCCUGCUGCCCUUCACCUUCGUGGGAAACCUCUUCAUGGUGCCUGAUGACCCACUGGGACGAAAUGGCCCUACACUGGAUGAGUUCCUGAAGAAGCCGGUCAGGGCACAGGGGUCUUCUAAGGCGCAGCAUUCUGCCAGGGGCUUCACAGAACACAGUAAUCAGCAGCAGGGGAGAAAAGAAGAGGAGAAAGGCAGUGGUGGCAUUCGGAAGACGCGGGAGACAGAGCGGCUCCGGCGCCAACUGCUGGAGGUGUUUUGGGGCCAGGAUCACAAGGUGGACUUCAUUCUGCAGCGGGAGCCGUACUGCCGGGACAUCAACCAGCUCUCUGAGGCCCUGCUCAGUCUCAACUUUUGAGCCUCACCUGUCUGAGUGACAGCCACCCCGUCAGCUCCAGCCUCAUCCAGCUCAGCUCAUUCUGUGAGGGUCCCUCUGCUGCUCAGACCCUGACCCAGUCUCACCCUGAGUUGGUGCUUUGUGUCAGGGAAGCACCAAGGAAGUGCAUUCGUGUGUGGGGAAUGCUCUUGCCUGGGGCACUUUGGGGACAGGUCUGUAAGGUGACCUGAUCUCACCUUGAGUCAGGACCUCAACCAGCUCUCAGGAGGUUCUGCUCAGCCUUAACUUCUUAACCUUGCUUUAUGCAGGGUUUCUGUAGGGAAUGGGGGCUGCUGGGAAGGGUGGGUCACGGAGAUGGGGACUGUCGGCCCCUCCUCCACGCUGAGCUGGGGAUGGAGGCUAGGGUGGGUGGGAGGGGAAUGUAGAACAGGUGGCCAGGAAGCUAAGCCUUUCCUCCUCCUGGCUGCUGCUCUGAUGGCCAGAGGACAGGACGAGUCCCAGGCCUGGCUGGGCUCCUGGGCGCAUCAAAGGGAAUGCUGGGCCCUGGAAAGGCUAGUGUUAUGGGGUCUGGGUCACAGUGGGGCAGCGGGGAGCUGGUGGAGAAGGCAGAGGGAGACUUGGCUUCUGGUCUCAGCUAUGCCUGCCUGUGACCUUGAUUGAUCUUGGUCUUUACUUCCGCCUACAAGUCAGGGGUAAAAAAGCCUGUUGGGAGGAGAGAUGAGAACGUGGAGGAAAGCUCCUUGGAGGAAAGGUACUUGGACCAAGCCUCAGGUGUGUCUGUCUGUGGUUGCACAGGCUUCCUAACCAAAACCUCACUUUUAGAGAGCUGAGGGUCCUCUGUCCCCAGGACCUGUGCCCUAGAUGUUUUAACACUGCAUCCUCAGUAUAAUGAGCCCUAUAAUGGCUGCGUCCCUUUUGGGCAACCCCCCUCCCCCGCCAAAUCCACAUUUACAAAACGGUUAAUUAGGGGUGACUGUUUGCAUUACCAGAAAACUCUCAGGGUUCCUUCCUAUCAAUGGCAGCUCUCCUGUUGCAUUCAGGUGUUUGUUUACAGUUGAACGAAUGUGUCAGAAAGUCCGCAGUCCCCAGUUGAUGCACUUGCUCGAGCGUUGAGUAGUCACCAAACCAGUGAAGCCAUGUUCUGUGAGCAAAAUGUUCAUGUGACCUGACCCUAGCAUCUUCUUUACAGAACAUAUAUGUUGCAUAAAGCGAGACCCACUUCU